AUGAGGUCUUUGUUUCUAAGUACAGUGGCAAGCUUCGUCCUCGCAGCGGGAGCUUCCCCAAUGCCUGCCGCCUCGCUAAUUGACCAGCGCGCUUCAGAGCCAGCAAAGCGUGACUGUUCCCGAGAGUGCAUGGCAACAAUCGUGGAUCAAAUUCUGGCUUCAAUGGUCGUGCACAACCCGUACACCCUGCCAAUGGCUACAGUAUAUCAGGCUACGGAAAACUCUCACCCCGCAGCGCUCGGGAUGAUGACAGCCUGGCGAACUGUCACCAAAGCAGGACCACCCAGUUUGCUCGCAAUCGACACCACGCAAGGGUCGGCUUAUUUUGCAUUGGACGUCAGCGAAGGUAGCGACACGACGGAGUCCGUCCUCAGGGGACGAGUCAAGGUUAUUGACCAGGAGAUCACCGAGCUGGAAUUGUUCAUCAACCGCUACCGUGGGGACCAUGGCUUCUCCUUCUCAGCCGCUGAGCUUCCCAGAAAUUACGAGGUCUUGAUGUCACCUCCAGAUAACCGGACAAAGGCGAGUCGGGCAACAUUGACGGCCCUGAGUGAGGCUCUCUUUGCCACCUCGAGUGAUUUGUCCGUGAGCAUCGACGCCAACUGCCAGUUUACCGAAGUGGGUUGGAAGGUCAUCGAUACGGGAACAUACGACAAUGGAACGACCACCCCGCUUAGUUGCAGCUGGCCCACAGAUCAUCCUACUGAUGAGAAGGCGCGCGUUGGUCUAGUCAUUGAUGAAGAGUUAGGCUUCGUUGUGACUAGCGGCAUGAUUCCUGGUAAGGUCUACCCUUACCAAAACGUCUCCGCCUUCAUUCCGGACGCCAUGACUUCCUCGCAGGAGGCUCAAGAUGUGUGGUUGAACGAGGCGAAAGCACAGGGCACCAAAGGGCUUUUGGCUCCCACUGAGGGAACGGGGGAGACUCUCGAGGUGCUCCAAUACUACAACGAUGCGCUCCAAGCCAUGCAGAUUAAUGUGUAUAUGAACGGUCCAAAUAUGACAUCAGCCUGGUUGUGA